AUGUGCUAUGUUAAAGCAACGCUUCUUUCUAUUCUUAUAUACUUUCUCUUUUACUUAUAUACUCGUUUAUUUUCAAAUUUUUUNCGCUUACGUGUGCCGCCGCUGGGUGAGCAGCAAAGCCCAUGGACCACCUUCAAGGUUGGCCUCUUCUCAGGCGCUUUUGUUGUACUCUUUCUCACCGUUGUACUGUCGGCCAUAUUUCAUGGCUUCGGCAAAGAUUGGCGCGUCGGUUUGCGUAUGUUUCGCGGCCCCUUUCUCAUCAUCGAAUUCCUCUUUCUGUGGGGUGUCAAUGUCUAUGGCUGGCGUUCGUCGGGCGUAAAUCAUGUACUCAUCUUCGAGCUGGAUCCGCGCAAUCAUCUCUCUGAGCAGAAUAUCAUGGAAGUGGCCUCAGUGUUUGGCGUUCUUUGGGCCAUUUGUGUGCUGUGCUACAUUUACUGUGAUCCGCUUGGCAUACCGCAGUAUUCGGCGCCCAUUUUCCUCUACACACUAAUGAUUGCAUUUCUGCUCAAUCCGACGAAGACGUUUCACCAUGAGGCGCGCUAUUGGGCGGUGCGCGUGCUUAGUCGAGUUGUCAUGGCGCCAUUUUUCUUCGUGACCUUCGCGGAUUUUUGGCUUGCCGAUCAGCUUAACAGUCUUGUGCCGGCCUUUCUUGACAUACCCUUCGUUAUUUGCUUUUUUGGUGAGAAUCCCAACUGGCACAGGUCGGGUAACGAUGGCACAACAUGCGUUAAGGACAUCUCUAUGGUGCGUCCGGUUGUUGCUAUUUUGCCGGCCUAUUGGCGAUUCGCUCAGUGUAUUCGUCGCUAUCGUGACACGCGUGAAGCUUUUCCGCAUCUGGUGAAUGCUGCCAAGUACGCAACAUCGUUUUUUGUUGUAAUAUUCUCCUACAAGUUCCAAACAACCGCAGCUGAUUAUGUCACAUCAAAGGAUAAUCCCUGGUUCUAUUGCUGGAUAGUAGCGGCCAUUGUGUCCUCCUGUUAUGCCUACACGUGGGACAUUAAAAUGGAUUGGGGCCUAUUCGAUGCCAAGGCUGGCGAUAAUCGCUUUUUGCGUGAAGAAAUUGUCUACUCGUCGACGUGGUUCUACUAUUUUGGCAUUGUGGAGGACUUGGUGUUGCGCUUCGGUUGGACAGUUUCGAUGAGCCUAAUUGAGGCUGGUUACAUGGAGGGCGAUGUUAUGAUGACCAUACUCAGCCCAUUGGAGGUAUUCCGACGCUUCAUAUGGAACUAUUUUCGCCUGGAGAAUGAGCAUUUGAAUAAUUGUGGCAAAUUUCGUGCUGUACGCGAUAUCUCAGUGGCGCCCAUGGAUUGCUCAGAUCAGACGACAAUUCUCCGCAUGAUGGACGAAGAAGAUGGCGUGGUGAAUCGACGUGGCAAAACCAAAGGUAUGUCGAAGAAGAAGGAGCAACAACGCCUGUUGCUGCUGCAAGGCGAAUCCGUUGAAGAUUUAUGCUCCUAAGUGGCCAAUAACUUUGCUUUGGUUUAUAUAAAGCAGCACAAAUACAAAAUGAGUGGUUGGUUUGUUGUUUUUAGUUUAGUUUAAUCCCAAUGAAUAUGCCAACUAAAUGUUUUACUAAAUAAAUGUUCGCAUGCAUACGUAUGUGUGCGAAAAAAAAGGUCCUGCUUAAGUGACGGAAACGUAAGAACAAAAGCAAAUUUCAUGCUUAACUGCAAGCUCAAUGGUGUAAUUUAUGCCACUUAUUUCUCUAUUUGUGAGUGUAGAUUCUUUACUCAUUAAGGCCAACGAAAUAUAUUGCAGUACUUAGAUAAAAAGCUAAACCCUAUAGUAAGUUAAAUAUAUUCGCACAUAAACCACAUAUCUGUAUAUUUAUACUUAUUUACGUACGCAUGUAUUUGUGUACAUUCGUGCGCUGCCGUUUUUGCUAAAUAUUUUGUAAUUAAUGCUAAAUAAAUAGAAAUUCAAUCAAAUUAAAAAUUUAAAUACACAUAAGUACUACUUGUAUUUACAUUAAUUACUUUGUAUUUACGUACAGGCGUAUAUCGCUUUAACGGUUUGUCUGCAUUUGCUCUUGUUCCGGCAUAAUGUUUUUUUUUU